CCGCCAUCCCCAAGCGAAAGCCGGUGCGGAGAGGCUUGGCCGAGUCGGCUCGGUGAGUUACGAGCGAGAUUCCCCGACCGACCCCGAAGAUGCUCUUGGUCAUGUGGGCGGUGAUGAUGUUCGUUGCUCUGGCUUCGGGUAAACGCCGUGGGAACGGAUAUCGCAUUCGAUCUAUCUCGACGAAGACUCCACCAUCGAAUCUACUGACGCUCACGGGAAAGGCGAUCGCGGUGGAUCUGAUCCCGGCUGUCGGAUCACAGGCAGUUCCACACGGGAACGGGGACGGGAACAGGUGGGCACUUGACUUGUCACGAUCGGGCCUUGGUGUUGAUGAUGGAGUUGACGAUGGAGGCUAACAGCAUUGUUACUCCAGUACUUCGCCGCCAUGACAUACCGGCUCACUCGGACAUUGUCUGCUUCAUGCUGUCAGACAAGUGACAUUCUUGUCCUUCGGCACGGAUGGCAUAAACAUCACAGCUGAAUCUGUGUUCCGCGGCCGCGGCGGCAGUGCUUCCGCUGUCACCAGCAUGG